UCCACCACCGCACCACCAUCACCAUCAUCUCAGCAUCCCUAUAAUAAACCUCAAACUCCUUAAAAAAUCUUCUGACUGUCCGUUUUAAUAAGUUUUUCCUUGAAAAUUUUAAAAACUUAAAAACUAAAUGCCUUAACUAAUAAAAAAUAAAAACCCCGCAAAUGAACGGUCACACUCCCUCCACAUCAUCUACCAACCCCAUCUACUCAACCCAUCAUAAUGGUCACUCCAAAAACCAUCCCCCACCACCUGGAGGACUAUCCGAAGAACCGCACCCAUGUCCAGGAACGAUUCUAUUGGAACAACCGGUAGACGAGGACGUUAGUGAGGAUUUGUACGAUACCAACUACGGGAUUUAUAACCAAGCCAUGUCCCGCAACAUCUCAUGGGAGUACCGGACGAUAAGCUUAACUCGCGUUCCUGGUUAUGGAUUUGGGAUCGCCGUUUCUGGAGGGUCAGAUAAUCCACAUUUCGCCAAUGGAGAUCCUGCCAUCGCAAUCAGCGACGUACUUAAAGGGGGCCCAGCCGAAGGGAAAUUGCAAAUAAACGACCGAAUAAUCACGGCCAACUCGAUAAAACUGGAAAACGUGGACUACGGAACUGCCGUCCAAGUCUUACGCGACUCUGGUCCCUCCGUCGUGUUAAUAAUUAAGCGUCGAAUAAUUGCUCACCACACAAAAAUCACCUUAAACAAAUUAACAACGACGAAACUUAAACAUAUCCAACCGUCCGAUUUUGGUAUAAAUCUCACCCUUCGGGUUUACAUUAAAGAGUCGAAAAAUUCCAACCUCGUCGAAGGAGAUGAAAUAAUUUCAAUCAACGGUUUGGACGUGGCGAAAUUGUUUGAUUUUCGUAAAGGCGUCUGCACCACGGGUGGGGAUAAUUUAUUAAAUUUAGGCGUCGUCAAACAAAAUCAACAGCAGGAUAAUGGUCACGUUGGAGGGGUCAAUCAUCAACAACAACAAAGCUAUGAUUCCAAUGCUGGGAAUUUGUACGUUCAACCUCCAACGAGGAGAGUAGGGGAGGUGCCUCCCGUGAGACCUCCCCUGCCGAAAGAAUCCCCCACGAGUCCCACACCCCCUCCACCACCACCACCCCCACCAAACCACCCAAACUCUCAACACCACAAAUCCACCCCUCGAUUUAUAAAUUUCCUAAAAAAAUCCUCUUCCCCUCUCGGCCUAAAACUAAUCGGAGGCAACAACAUCGGCAUCUACAUCGGCGCAUUACAUCCCCAAACCCCUGCAGCAACAUCGGGUUUACUCCCAGGAGAUCGCAUCCUUCGAGUAAACGACAUCGAUUUCACUUCCAUCCCAAGAACCGAAGCCGUCUCAACCUUAUCUCAAUUAAAACCCGACCAAUUAGUUUCAUUUAUUGUAAAAAACAUUGAAAACUACCGUGAAAUUUUAUCAUCCGAAAAGUAUCACGAUUUCCUUUAUUAUAGAAUCUCCACAGAUUUAGACUACGUAAAAAGAGGUGAAAUUGUCCUAAUUUACGACACACUUUGCAAUAACGGAGGAUUUGAAGGGGUUUUAAUAAACAAAUACGAUGGUAAAGAAUUAGGGAAAAAGAUUAAAAUUAAUCCACUGCCUUUAGAAAAUUUAGUUUACAAAGUGAAAAUUAAUUGGACUCGGCCGGUAAUUAUUUUUAGCUUAAUUACAAAUUAUAUUUAUCAAUGUUUAGAAAAAAUCGGAGCAAGGAGGAAAUUUUGUAUCGUUAAAGGGGAUGAGGAAUUAGUUAAUUUUAGACAUUCCGGAAUCCAUCCUUGUUUAAAUGUUGAUCUUAAUUUGGGAAUUGAUGGGGUUGUUAAAGCUUUGGAGAAAUUAGGGGAAUUUGCUCCCGUGGUUUUAAUCGUUAAAAGUGAGGAUAAGUUGAUCAAGAAAUAUAGCAAUAAGGAAAUUAGUAGUAAAAAAGUGGGUGGGAGUUACGGGGGAAGUUUGCUGAGAUCAUUCAAUAAAUCGAGCACGAGUCGCCGACUGCAAAUGGAUUUGGAGAAAUUGGAGUCCGCGUUGGGCAGCGGUGGAUGGAUCGACAAGUGUUUAACCGUUGGAAGCAAUGAUAAUUUGGGCGAAAUUGUAGGUCGAGCUGUGGAGGAAAUUGUUAUGAAAGGGGAUGUCGCUUGGGUUAAGAAUUCCAAUAAUUCGUGGGGCACUAGUGGAGUGGUGGGUGAUUUUGCAGAGCCACCACCGACCCCGCUCCCACCACCCCAACAAAACCAUCAUCAAAAACACGACAUUCCAAACUACAACGUCCCUCCACCAUACUCGAUCCAUCACACCCCCACAUCAGCCUCCCCCCAUUCCACAAUAUUAAUCCAACAGCCUCAAAUCCCCACAAUUCCUCAACCUCCUCAACCCAAACAUCUCCAAAAACCUCACCCUUCUCAAAUAACAUCCACACCUCCUUCAAAUUACUACACUCCAACCCUUCGUCAACUCCUCGCCCAUUCACCCGUAGAUUUCUCCCCACCAGUUUCCCCACCACCAAAUAUUGACCGAUCAAAAAAACCAACAUCAAAUUCCAAACAAAAAACAAUCUCAAAUAAAUCCAAUAAACCAAUCCCACCACCAAAACCGGUGAAACUUAUGGAAAAUCACACCCAUUCAAACAACCACCACCUCCAGCAACACCACUUUUCAACUCAUCAAAGAAACGGAGGGGACGACGGAUACUACUUAAAUUUACCCAUGAAUUCUAAAAUAUUUCAAAAUCGAUCCAAUGAAAAUUCCGCAUUUGUUCAAUUCAAUCCGCAACCUCAACAAGAGCCAAAACUCCUCGAAAAAGGCAGCGGUUUCCCAAUAAUCCAACCAAACACGACGUUUGGCACGUUCACUUCCGUGGGAGGAGUUUUAAUUCAAAGAAAUGUAAAACAAGGCCAAAUCCCAAUCCAAGUUCGGAUCCCUGAAGGUGCAAUUGCUUUCGGGAAAAGUGAAACCAUUUGGUUUCAUGUCGUCGAUGAAGAGUUUUUAACUCAAGGGUCCGCGAUCAAUGGGGAAAUUAAUGGAAACGUCUCCCUGAUGUCGCCCUUGAUAAAAUUCGGCCCUGAAAACCUACGUUUCUUGAAACCCAUCGAAAUCCGAAUCCCGCAAUACAAUAAAAAAUUAAACAAUAUAAAUAACGCCAAAGUUUUGCUCAACAGUGAACAUUCUUGGUCGAAAGUGGACAUCAAAUCUGGUUGGUUAGAAGAAAACGGUGACAAUGACAAUCAACAAGAGCUCAAAAUCGUUAGCUUAACUGUACAGAAAUUUUAACUCCUUGUUUUUUUUAAACUGUUUUUAGCGACUUUAAAUAAACUAUAAAAAGAAAUCUCAUCUCCCAAAAA